GCGGGCAGAUCGGCGGCGGCGGGACCCUGGCGUCCGCGAGCCGCAGCACCAGAGGGCAGGCCAGCGGCUCCGUAGAUCUCCGCGCCGCGAGCCCUGUCCUCACUCUGCCGCCGCAGCCAGGGCUGCGCCCGCGGGAAACUUUGCCCCGCGAAGUCCUCUGCCCUCCUGGCGACACCGGGACUGCCCACCUGACGGCCCCCAGGGCCCCGCACAGCGCGCGUGAUUGCCGUGCCUCCCCGCACGGCGCGUCCGCGGCGCCGGGCCGCCAGGAUGCGCUACGCAGACCCCUCCGCCAACCGGGAUUUGCUGGGGAACCGAACUUUGCUCUUCAUCUUCAUCUGCGCCUUCGCCUUGGUGACCUUGCUGCAGCAGAUCCUGUAUAGCAGGAGCUACAUCAAGAGAGGCUUCCAGUUUGGUUGGCAGAGGGGCGACCAGCGCGCCAAUUGGACUGGGCUCUUUAAUGACAGCGACAGCCCAACAGAGCAGAACAUCAGUGAAGUCACCUCCAGGUACUUCGAAUUUUACAAAGGCCCUUUAGAGUUUAACUCCACGAGAUGCCUGGAGCUGAGGCAGGAGAUCCUGGAGGUGAAGGUGCUAUCCAUGGUGAAGCAGUCUGAUCUGUUCGACAGGUGGAAGAGCCUCCAGAUAUGCAAGUGGGCAAUGGACACCUCUGAAGCCAGCCUUUUCAAGUCCACCUUGUCCAGAUGCUGCAAUGCUCCUAGCUUCCUCUUCACCACCCAGAAGAACACCCCGGUUGAGACGAAGCUCAGGUACGAGGUGGAUUCCAGUGGCUCUUAUCACAUCAGCCGGGAGAUCUUCCAGAUGUUUCCCAAGGAAAUGCCCUACUACCGAUCUCAGUUUAAGAAGUGUGCUGUGGUGGGCAACGGAGGCAUCUUGAAGAACAGCGGCUGCGGGAAGGAGAUCAACAGUGCUGACUUUGUCUUCCGGUGCAACCUGCCCCCCAUCUCAGGGAUGUAUACCACAGAUGUGGGAGAGAAGACAGAUGUAGUCACCGUGAAUCCCAGCAUCAUAAUUGACAGGUUCCACAAGCUAGAGAAGUGGCGGCGGCCCUUCUUCAGCGUGCUGCAGAGGUACGAGAACGCCUCGGUGCUGCUGCCGGCGUUCUACAACGAACGCAACACGCUCGUGUCCUUCCGCGUCAAGUACAUGCUGGACGACUUCCAGUCGCAGCAGCGGGUCUACUUCUUCCAUCCGCAGUACCUGUCUAACGUGUCGCGCUACUGGCUCAGCCUGGGCGUGCGCGCGCGGCGCAUCAGCACCGGCCUCAUCCUGGUCACCGCGGCCCUGGAGCUCUGCGAGGAGGUGCACCUGUUCGGCUUCUGGGCCUUCCCCAUGAACCCCUCUGGCUUCUACAUCACGCACCACUACUACGACAACGUCAAGCCCAAGCCUGGCUUCCACGCCAUGCCCUCGGAGAUCUUUACCUUCCUGCGCAUGCACAGCCGUGGCAUCCUCCGCGUACACACAGGCGCCUGCAAUUGCUGCUGAAAGACAGGCCCACCACGGCUGUCUCAGCUCCCACCCUCCUCCCUGAAGGGUCCCCUGGCCCUGCCAUUCUGGCUGCCAUCAACUCCCUCAGGAUUUGUGUCUGGGUCCUUGGGGAGGGAGGCAGGGAUUGAGUCCGUGCAAAGUCAGCUCUGUCCUAAGCCUCUACUCUGUGCCUCCAUUUAGCUGCUGGGCCACUCUCCGAGGACAGGGGCCUAAUAAGCACAUUUCCUCUCAGUUUCGACCUCCCAGAGAACAUGAACUGUAGUGGCCUGCUUGCAGCUAAUAGGCUAGCGGGUGACACCUUCGCUUAACAGGAGAGAGCACGGGUCCAGGUCUCAUCCAGACCUUGGGCAGCCCAAGUUUCACACCCGGGACUCAGCUGGUGAAUCACCAUCUAGAAUCUCAGGGCUCAGAAGCCAGCCCUUCCAGGGACCAAACAGUGGCUGAGUGUUCUGGUCACACCACCUGGCUGAGCUCAAAAGGCUUCAGGGAUAUCUAAUCAAGGCCAGUGUUAGCAUCUCCCCAAGACUCCGGGAGCUGAGAGCCACGCCCCUUAAAACAAUCCUUGGACACACACAGCCUUGGUGCCUCAAGGUUCCAGCCCGAAUUUAACCUUUGACAAGAAGGAAAUAAACCAGACCAGCCAUUUGCACUAAGAUCUUCAAGCCAAUGUUAUCUACUCAAUAAGUGCUUAGCAAUUUGCUUCCUGUUCUGUCUCCCAGUUUUCAGUUCCGUUUUAAUCAGGAGUUAUUUAUAAAGAUCUGUUCCUCUUCAUGUCCCUGAAUACAGCGGAAUCUUGGUAAACUGUGUUCCUGAAUAGAAAUCAGCAGCUGUAAUGCGCCUUGUCACACGAGCCUAGUGGAUGGCAGCUAGCUGGGGCUUUGACACCAGCAUCCCUGCUGUUUCUGUUGUGAAGGUGACACAGCCAGGGCACUUGCCUGCCGCGUGCAGACACAGGGAUUCACUAAGUCUGGGGCUAGGGAAGUCGGCAGUGCCUGGGGAAAUCAGUAGUGCCGAGGCUGAGAGGUUCUCAUGUCAUCAGCAUCUGCAAUCCCUCCCAGUUUCUUCCUCCUGUGUGUUUCCACCCCUUAGGGUGGAAAUUGAGAGAUGGUGCCUCAUGAUCGCUUGGUGAACUACCUCGUGGGGUUGUGGAAUGCUGUGUGGGGAGGACUUGAGCCUGCAUGCCCUCCCUCUGGCUCUUUCCCUCUCUUCAUCCUCUUCCUCUCUCCUCUUUCCUCCUACCUUUCUUCCCUCCCUUCUUGAGACAUCUCUAAAAAGCCUGUGCUGAUCUGGUCUGUGGUUGGGCUGGGGAGGACUCCUUUACAGAGACUCUAGGAAUCAUAAAAACCCUCCCCCUCCCCGGUGAGGAAUCAUGAAAACCCUUCCCCUCCCCUGUAGGUGUUCCAUCUGACCUCACUUUGCAGGUAACAGCCCAGGCCCGGCUGAGAAAGACAGGAGAGAGCUGGUCCAGAGGUUUCUGACCAGCUCAAACUCCCACCUCUGACUUUUCUGAGCCUGUGUGCUCAGGAGCUCAGUCCACACACACAUGUCUGGACGCUGUCUUUCCGAGCUCUGAUGACUGGGAGACACCCAGGAGGCCCAGACCCUCAGUCUGCAGGGAUGUGGGGUCAUGGAGCAGUUGCCGAAGCAAACAGGGCAGCACACUUGGGUAAAACAGGAGCCACCAUAUAAGGACAGAGGUGCUUGUGGCUUUCUGGGCUCUGGCUAUUUCUGCCGGGGGGGGGGGCUUCUGAGAAUGAUCUCGGAUUCAUAGUCAGUGAGAUUUAUAGCCAGUGUUCACAGCUAACUGAGCCAAGGAAGUCAGAACUAAAAGGUUUCAUAAGUACAAACUUGUUCCACUUAAGGAGACAGACCUCGAGUAAAGAAGUAACUUCAGUGGUCAGAGUGUGUGUCUGCCAGCAAGAAAGCCCUCUACCUGGGAAAUAGGUGGACAAGAGCCUGGUUAGACGUCAGGGUCUCCCUCUCUAGUUGAGGGUGCUUAGAACCUGCCCUAGCUGAGCUCUCACAGGGGCUGGGGAUGGCACAUCCAGAUCCGUCCCAUGCUCAUGGAUGAGGGAGUUAGGAUAUCCCCUUAGCUUAUGGUGUUACUUCUGCCUCCUGUGUUGGCAGGGCAGGUCCCUCCUGUCCCUCAAGAUGUCAGUUUCCUCCUCCCUUCAGUUAGAGGCUUAGAAAGGAGUUGUAGGGUCUCCACAGUGACUGCCGAGGGACAAGCAUGAUGUGUGGAUCUAAGUCGUAGUAGUAUUUGCUAUUAAAACUGCUGCUUCACUGUGGCAGGCCCUGCUCUGAUCAUUUCCCCCAUUAUCACAUUAUCACAUCAUCACUACAAGACCCCUUCAGGUGAAGAGCUAUUACUGUACAGGUGAGAGACUGAGGCAUAGUGACUCAGGCACUCCCUCAUGGCCAGGCCUCCUGUGGAGGGCUCUGCAGAACUUCACAGACCACCCUCCAAGCCUGGAGUCCAGCUCUGCUGGUGCCUCUCACCAGCCCUGACACCUGAAACAGGUUUGGUGCCUGGCACACCAUUGCCCUGGAGAAGAACCAAGGCCACCUCUACAUUUGGGUGCAAGGAGAGAUACUUGGAAAUGGUCCAUGUUAAGUGACAGCAUGAGUGACUUGCCCUGGGGCACAUGCCAAGCCAGAGGUUCACCUGAGACUCACCCAGUCUCCUUCAUGCUUUCUAAAGCAGUCAGUAUGUGUAGCAUUUAUCAAAGGCCCGAAGGGACAUGGGUCUCGAUUCUAGUACUCCUCUGCCUCUGUUCCUUCACUUGGCGCAGGAUAGCAGUUAAAUUCUAAUUUAAGGAUGUCAGUUCCGCAUGAACCAAGCUGCUACUCUGUGUUCCUAUGCACUAAAUGCAUUUUUAGGCUCAAAAGGUAGCGGCAGCAGCAGCAACAGCAGCAAGUGGGUGACUCAGUGCUUAGGCAGGCAGAAAAGAAGGAAGCUCAAGGUCAGGCUGGCUUCUGGAACCUUCCGGUGAUGCUGCUCCUGCAUCUCUGCCAAGUCUCUGAGAGGCAUGAACCACCCUAGAUGUUGCUGAGUCUGGGAGGGAAGCAGAGGCUGCAGGGCUUCCUGCUGACUACAGCUGUGCUUUACUGUGUGUUACCAUAUGCAAUGUAUGUCCAUUGUGUCAGGGCAUAUGCGAUGACUGAAGCUGCCCAUCUGGCACUUAAAUGCGAAAGAAGCCUCUCUCAAACACUUAGAGAAAAGCGAUGUGUGGGAGGGCUCUCUCACGUUUCCGUUUAUCAGGGAGUGGAGGAGGAGGAGGAGGAGGAGGAGGAGGAGGAGGAGGAGGAGGAGGAGGGAUGCACAAGUCGAACCUGAAUCCUGAGCAUUAGCAGCAUAGCUGUUGCCAGAGAAGGCGCUAUGCUUUACCUUAUCCUUGACAGCCGUGUAGCAUUUGCCAAGCCUGGCUCCAAGUCCUCACGCUCUGCCCUGCUCUGUUGAUUCCUGAUAUGGCCAAGCCUCUGAAUGCCUCAUCCUCCAUGACACUUCCUCAGGGCUUUCAACAGCAGAGCUCCUGCUGAAACCAUCUCUCCUGACAGCCACUAAUCCUUCCUGUCCUUACCUGCAGGCCAGCCUUCCCCAGGAGCACCAGGGAAAUGUCCACUGGGGCCUUCUGAGCUUUGGCCUUGCACGGCACCUCAGACCUCAGUCUGUCUGUCCCCUAGUGACAUAAGUAGAAGAGUCUGGACUCAGAGUUUCUCCCAUAGUUUAGUAGGCAUGUGACUUUAUGGAGCCUCUGAAGGCCCUGGAGGCUCUGAUUCAUUAUCUAAAACAGACUAGGAACUCAGGCCAUUGAUGUUUCCAGGAUCAAGUGACACAGUGUUGCACAAUGCUUGGCACAGUACCAGCACAAACACACAGUGGGUAUGCCCAGGUGCUCUGCUCAGAUAUCUUACUCUUCUCACUCUGUUUAUUCAUCCCAAUUACAACAAAUAUUCCUUGAGUUCAUUGCCUCCCUGUACUUGCCUCUGCCACUGCCAUAACUCAGGAACUUUUGAGGGAGCUUCUUGUAUUCUAAGAAUUAGCAUCUCAACAAUACCUUUUGUGGGGUCCAUUGCUUCCUGUACUGCAAAGUCCAAGUUUUUUUAAAUUUAAUUUUUAUUUAGUUUUUAAUCAAGCCAUGUAGGCCAUGUCACAGGGUCUUUUUAGAGACCCUCUUGCCUCUGUGGGCCUCCCUUCUUUUGUUAGUCCUGUGCUUUUGUGCAAGAGGUCCACAUACCUGGAAUGGCCCCACUCUUCUGCCCCUCUUCUAUCUGGUCACUUUGGCAAAUGACGUCAGGUUUGACGCCUGCCACAUGCUCUAUGGAGUGGGUCACACACUCUUCGCUCUGUGCUUCUGCGGCAAGCAGCACUGACUUCCGUUAGGAUGUCCUCAGAGCACACAGCUGCCUCCUCAGACCCUCAGUGGAUGGGUUGUCUUUUCUCGAGGGGAAUGCUCAGAGCCGAGCUCUACUCUGUGCCCUGGUACUGACACAGAGCCACAAAAUAGUGUUAAGGGCACCCAUGACUGGCUGCCUGUGCUCCUGGGACCUAUAGUUGGAGCACUAAAGAGUCAGAGACAGGAUGACCAUGACUUUGAGUCUCGUCUGGGCUACAUAGCAAGUUCAAGGCCCACCUAGGAUGUUAGAGACCCUGUCUUAAAUUUGAAGAAUGAGCUUAAAGCAAAACUCAAGUGCCACUAAUCUCUAGACCAUUUUCAUCUUGCAAAACAAAAACUUGAAGCAUGUGAAAUGACAAUGCACCCCACAUCCUCCCCACCAUGAUCUGUGUUUUCCUCUUGGCAUCAACUGCACUAAGACCCUCAUGUAAAUGGAAUUUGUCUGGAGACUUGGGGCCCUUUGCUGAUAGCAAGUACAGACAAGUUGGCUUUGCCAGGAAGCUCAGUUGUCCUGGCUGACAUGAGCUUAGUCACAGUGAUUUGCUAGUUUGUUAGAUGUUUCUAUUUUUCCCUGCAUAAUGUCUUGUAAAUAUAUUUUUUUCCAUUUCAAAGACAAAAGGGGAAAAAUCACUACCAUCACCUAACCUGGCUACAAUAGCCAGAGAUCAGUGACUGCCUCCUUCUAGCCAGGAGGUGGUUCUUUGCCAUGUGGUCAUUCAGCAGCUUUGGGGUAGGCAUUCUGUCUCCUCCAGAACUGUGGCUCUUAAUCCUUGUGCUCAUUAGGAUUUCCUGAGGUUUGUGUAAAGUGAUCCUGUUGUCUUACCUUGUUUUCCCAGAGGCAAGUGCAGUAGGCUUGAGGAAAGCUCCCAGGAGCCCUCGGAUUUUCCCAAGACGGCGCCAGCAUAGUAGUUGACAGUCACCUUGCUACAUUAGGCAGUGGCCUUGGCCCUGUCAGCUCACAGGAAGCAUCCACAGAGAUUUCUAAAAUUCCUGGAGACUCUGCCCCAUGAUACUUCCACAUGGCAAUAUCUGAGACGGGAACUGGGCUCCCAGGGUUUCAAGUUCUCUGGUACCCUGGGACGGACUUGUGAAGCUGACCUAGGGAUCCAGUUGGGGACCACUGUCCUGGAUGGUUCUUUGGUUUUUGGCCCUGUUCUAUUGGAGUCUUCCUGUCUGUGGUAGGUGGAUUGUUCUAGAAACAUUUGAUUCGAGCAUGAAGCUUUUUUAAAGUGCCAUCCAGUUUUCUUUGUCUGUACAUUUUGAACAUUGGGAAAAACAAACAAACAAACAAACAAAAAAACAAAAAACCAAAAAACACCCUGAGAUUUUUUUCAAGGCAAAGUAACAAAUUUCUUUUUGGAUUCAGAGCAGUGUGUCUGAACUACAAAUUCACCUACAAUUUUGGAUUGGGGUGUAUUUUGUAAUCAGAACGAAGGGGCUAGCAAUUCUGGAGCUUGGGACCCAUGUAGAAGCCACUCUGGUUGGUGCUUUGAUCAAACCCAAGCGUCACACCACACCCUCCAGCAGAGGGAGGACCUACCUGCCCACCUGGGUGACAGCCCAGCCUUCUGACUCAGGUCCAUGCAUCUGACCACCUACCACAAUUGCCCCCCCC